AGAACUCAAGAGCUCUUGAUUUCUGCAGUAAUCUCCGCAAGCUAUUGUUAUUACAUAUCAUCGAAGAUCCAAAGUCGUCGUGUUCUUCGACUUGUCUCUCUUCUUCCCGUCUGCUCUCUGUUCCUUGUUCUUCCUCUCUCCUUCUCCUCCGUUCACCUCUGCGUCUUCACAACGUUCUCUCUCUCUUGGCUCGCGAAUUCAAAGCUCAUCCUCUUCGCAUUUGAUCAAGGACCAUUGCACCCACUUCCCCAAAACCUCUUGUCUUUCUUCUGUUUAUGUUGUCUCCCCAUCAAACCCAGACAACACCCAUCUCCAGAUGGGUCGCCUCCUUUGCUGCCAAAACCAAGAAGAUCAAUAGUUUUGGCUAUAAAAUUCGUCACCUUUUCCGUUUUGUUAAACGUAUACGAACAUAAAAACCGCUUGCCUUGGAUUCUUGUCUCGGGCCUUCACGCCAUGCUUAUUUACCUCGACCUCGAACUCGGUCUGCUCUUCGUCGGUUCGGUUGUAUCGACCCUUCUCGGUUGUGAAAUCGAGCCGCUCUUCAACGAGCCGUACUUAGCCACGUCUCUCCAAGACUUCUGGAGCCGCCGGUGGAAUCUCAUGGUCCCGGCCACUCUCCGGACCACAGUCCACGGACCCGUUAACAGAGCCACCGCGCGCCUCGUGGGUCACGACCGGGGUCCGUUUCUGGGGAUUGUCGCCUCGUUCCUCGUCUCUGGUCUCAUGCACGAGCUGAUAUUCUAUUACUUGACUCGCACGUUACCUACAUGGGAGGUGACGUGGUUCUUUGUUUUGCAUGGGGUUUGCACUGCAGCGGAGAUGGCGGUCAAGAGAAGAGCCACGUGGAGGGUUCACAAAGAGAUUUCGUGGUUGCUUGCGAUGGGGUUUACCGUUGUGACCGGUGGCUGGUUGUUCUUCCCUCAGCUUGUGAGGAGCCACGUGCUCGAAAGAUUCACCAGUGAAGCCUUAUUGUGUAUUGAUUUCGUCACACGAAAGCUUUUAUUUAUUUAG